AUGAGUAAGGACUCUGCAAUGAACAAGACCCAUAAACUCACGAAGCCACCAAUAAAUGUGUAUGUGCCAAAAGUCACGGUACCACCGCCACAACCACCGGUUAAGGAAAAAAUGACGACAAAACCAGUGGCUGUAAACAUACCCAAAGCAGAUGCGAUUAAUAUCGAACGGAAUUACUCCAAGCAAGAUGAGAGGGGUAAGAUUGCACUGGAGUCACUCGCUCAGCAGUGCACCGAUAUCCCUUGGAUGGUAGGAGGGGACUUUAAUGCUGUACGUGAACUUAACGAGGUAUGUGGCAUUUCAGGAGAUAUUAGGAUGGCCACCGAAGAAUUUAAUGCCGGCAUACUGGACGCGGGGCUGAUUCCACUUCCUUUGCAAGGUGAAUGGUUCACAUGGCAUAAUUGUAGUUCAUCCACGCGGAGUUUAUGGAAGCGGUUGGACCGAAUUCUUAUUAAUGAUCGUUGGCUGGCACAGUUCCCUACCUCAUCCUAUCAUAGUCUCACACCACGGACAUCUGACCACUCACCACUGGUGUUACAUGGGGAUACACAGCAGCAUAAUGGAGGUAUGUUUCGCUUUGAUAAUUAUCAUGCCCGUUCACCUGAAUUUAUCCCCAUUGUACAGAACAUUUGGCAUCAUGAGAUUGUUGGUGUACAAUGUAUGCCGUGA